CUUGUGUCACAGCGCUUCCUGUUUCGACCUCUGACCACCAGGGGAAAACGGUGACUAUGCAACGAGAACAUGCAUUCAGCUUUACAGCCAUGCAGACGUGGACAGCUGAUGUCACGUGACCGCUCUUCACCGAACGAACUGGGACCAAAAAAAAGAAAGAAAGAAAAUGAAGGUCUUCAUCAUGUAGAAGUCGAGGGCUGACCUUCGGAGCCGCUUGCUGUUGCUUGGGUAUUCAUGCGUUUGCUCCUGUCCAGCCUCUUGAGAUGGUUUUCUCAGUGUGAAGAAACACGUCAGGAAAUGUGCAGAUCCGUGUUCCUUCAGACACAUGGUUGAACACCUUGAACAGAUGGACAGAGUCGUCAUUAUAAACUUGACUAAGUCAUUUAUUGACUUUUUAACACUUUUAUUUGCCACUAAUAGAAGGAGGACAGGAAGCGCGCUUGGAUUUUUUGUCGGCUGAUAGGAAAGCAUCCCACAACCGACAUAUCUCCCCUUUAAAAGCGCAGCAGCGAGUCGCUGGGAAACGGUGGCUGUGCGCUCAUCUGUCGACACACACUGCCUCCCUCUGUGUCACAAAAAUGUCCAGAUUCACGGGACAAUGAAGGCUCUCCCUUCACGCCGGUCGGACUUUUUGGUGAUGGAUGAGGUGCGCAAUGCAGAUUUUUUUCGCAGCGUAUGGAAGUAAAAUUGGACAAUUUCAAGGACGUGAUUUAUUAUUUAUUUAUUUAUUUGUUUGUUUUUUAUCAGCGGCAGGAUUUGUGUUGAAAACCUGGAUUACGACGCGCUCUGGCGCCGUACCACAAAAGACAACACGGACGGAUAAAACUGAAUGAGAUUCGCAGGCGCUCCAUGAUGUGAUGAUCGGCGACGCAUGGCGCAGGCUGCUGUGAGGAUGUGAUCAGACGGGGGAUCUCUGCUUUCUCGCUCGGCUGCCUCCAAACAGAGCCGCUCACGAUGCCCAGGGCUUUGCGGAGGCUGGUCCAUUUGAUGCUGUUCUGCCCUCUGUCCAAAGGCCUGCAGAGUCGUCUCCCUGCCAUCAAGGUGAAAUAUCUCCUCCUGGCGUGGCUGGGCAUCCUCGUCGUGAGCUGGGUCGUCUACAUGCAGUAUGCCUCGUACUCCGAACUCUGCCGUGGGCACGUGUGCCACAUGGUCAUUUGUGACCACUACAGAAGGGGCAUAAUAUCUGGGUCGUCCUGCAAGGCAUUGUGUGAUCAGAAGACUCUAACCCUGCAACAUUGCAUGUCCACCUCCUCUACACAUCAGGUGUACAUUGGCCUAUGGAAGGAGAGGCCGGUGGUGAUUAAGUGCGGUUUAGAGGAUCCAGUAAAAACUGACGGAGCUCCGGAUUCUGUGCUGCGGCAGGAGAUGAGCUUAUUUGACAAACCCACUCGUGGAACCUCUAUGGACGAAUUCAAAGAGAUGCUGCACAGCUUCCUCAAGGCUAACCUCGGUGAACAGCCGUCUCUGAACACCUUGGUGGACAGGGUCAUUACACUUGCUGACGUCAACCAAGAUAGCAAAGUGUCUCUAGCAGAGGCCAAGUCUAUCUGGGCUCUUCUCCAGAUCAAUGAGUUCCUCCUAAUGGUGGCGCUGCAGGAGAAGGAGCACACCCCAAAGCUGCUGGGCUUCUGUGGAGACCUGUACGUGACAGAACGGGUGGGCCACAGCUCGCUCUACCGGCUGGAGGUCCCUCAUUACCUCCAGGCACUCAUCCCCGAGGCCCUGAGCUCCGGCCUGAACCACUGGCUCGCACCAGCCUGGCCCCGCAGGGCUCGCAUCACCAUCGGCCUGCUGGAGUUCGUGGAAGAGGUUUUCCACGGGUCCUACGGGAGCUUCCUGAUAUGCGACGCCAACCCCCAGCACGUGGGCUACAACGCGAAGUACGACUGCAAGAUGGCCAACCUGCGCAGCGUGGCAUCGGAGGCCGUCGUGCGGGGUUUCCUGAAGGGGCGCCGGUGCGAGACUAACGCAGACUGCACUUACGGCCGCGACUGCACGGCCACAUGCGAUCGACUGGUGAAGCAGUGCAACACCGAGGUCGUGCAGCCUAAUCUGGCUAAAGUGUGUGUGCUGCUGCAGGAUUUUCUGCUUUUUGGCGCGCCGUCAGACCUCCGCGGCGAUCUGGAAAAGCAGCUACGCACCUGCGUGACACUCAGCGGUCUGGCCAGCCAGAUGGAGGUUCAUCACUCACUGGUCCUUAACAACCUGAAGACUUUACUGUGGAAGAAAAUAUCUAACACUCAGUACUCCUGAAAACAGACAGAUAUUAUCCAGCCCACUCCACUAUAAACUGACCAUGACAGGAAUUUGGGAAGUUUUGCCAAAUGUUAUAUAUGUUACGUUAUACACUGACUGUGAAUAACAAGAAACUGUGAAUAUACAAUGUGAAGCAGGCUUUAUGUAAGCCCCAUCAUGCUUUUGUUUUCCGUUCCUUUGAAAGCUAUGUUCAUCUGCUAGCACAGAAUAUUCUCAGGACACUGCCUGUAACUUUAUGUGUAAAACACUCAAUGUACAUAAUUAGUUUUUAAAUUAAAGGAACCAAUAUAUUGAAUUA